CGCGCUGGAGAAGUGCAGUUCCCCCUGGUUACCAAUUCGCCUGUUCUCCCCCUGCGCUGCGGGAGCCCUUGAAGAGCACUCUCCAAAGGCGGAGCUGUACCUCCUUACAGCGCCUCCGCUGGUGUUGCAUCCACCCGGAGCUAGUGUGCUGUCUUCCUCCUCCACCACUGACAGGCGCGCUCAGGGAACCGCUGACCGCGAUGUCAAGCGAGGAAAGCUACCGGGCCAUCCUGCGUUACCUGACCAACGAGCGCGAGCCGUACGCGCCUGGCACCGAGGGCAAUGUCAAGCGUAAAAUCCGCAAGGCCGCCGCCUGCUACGUGGUGCGCGGCGGGACUCUGUAUUACCAGCGGCGGCAGCGGCACCGCAAGACCUUUGCGGAGCUGGAAGUGGUGCUGCAGCCGGAGCGGCGCCGGGGCCUCAUCGAGGCAGCGCACCUGGGCCCUGGAGGCACUCACCACACCCGGCACCAGACCUGGCACGACUUGUCCAAGACGUACUGGUGGAGAGGUAUAUUAAAGCAGGUCAAAGAUUACAUUAAACAGUGCAGCAAAUGCCAGGAAAAAUUAGAUCGCUCUCGUCCGAUAUCAGAUACUUCAGAAAUGUUGGAAGAAUUGGGACUAGACCUUGAAUCUGGAGAAGAAAGUAAUGAAUCAGAAGAUGACUUGAGCAACUUUACUUCGCCUCCAGCCACAGCCUCCAAGUCUUCCAAAAAGAAGCCAGUGUCCAAACAUGAACUUGUAUUUGUUGACACCAAAGGAGUGGUAAAACGUUCUUCUCCAAAACAUUGUCAGGCUGUCUUGAAACAGCUGAAUGAACAGAGACUUUCCAACCAGUUCUGUGAUGUUACUUUAUUGAUUGAAGGAGAAGAGUACAAAGCUCAUAAAUCUGUUUUGUCAGCUAAUAGUGAAUAUUUUCGAGACCUUUUUAUUGAGAAAGGAGCUAUUUCCAGUCAUGAGGCUGUGGUAGAUCUUUCUGGUUUUUGUAAAGCAAGUUUCCUUCCUUUGCUGGAAUUUGCCUAUACUUCUGUACUCAGUUUUGACUUCUGUAGCAUGGCUGAUGUAGCCAUCUUAGCUCGUCAUCUUUUCAUGUCAGAAGUUUUAGAAAUUUGUGAAAAUGUACAUAAACUAAUGGAAGAGAAACAGCUUACAGUGUAUAAGAAGGGUGAAGUACAAACAGUUGCAUCAACCCAGGACUUACCAGAACACCACGGAGGUGCAGCACCUGCUACAGCUAGCAGUGAGGGAACCACAACAACUUUAUCUAAUGAACUUGGAGACUGUGAAAUUGUGUUCCUGGUAAAUGGAGACUUGCCAGAAACUGAACAGAAUGGAGAGCUAGGACAACAGCCUGAGCCCCAGGUUUCUUCAGAGCCUGAAGCUCCUCUGUCAUCUGUAGAAUGUAUAAAUAAUUCUCAUGCAGAAAUGGAGUCUAUUGAUUUAAUAACAAAAAACAACCAGCCAGAGCUAGAAACUUCAGACAUUAGAGAAGAUGACACAGUUUCUGAUAUUCAUGCUAAACUUUCAAAAGAGACUGUAAUCAUCAGCUCCCAAGAGAACAGUGACAUGGAAAAUGAUGUAUCAACUGAAGAUACAUGUACUGAAGAUAUUUCAAAAGACAGGGAGAACCUUGACCAAGCUUUAAAAGAUCAGGAAAAUCUAGUUGCACCAACAGAAAAGACAGACCCAAAUCCUGAUGAUACUUACAGAAGCAGGCUUCGGCAGCGGUCUGUCAAUGAAGGAGGAUAUAUCCGACUACACAAGGGUAUGGACAAAAAACUACAGAAACGGAAAGCCAUUCCCAAGUCAGCAGUUCAGCAGGUGGCCCAGAAAUUAGUUCAAAGAGGGAAAAAGUUGAAACAGCCCAAAAGGGAUGCUAAGGAGAACACUGAAGAAGCAUCCCAUAAAUGUGGGGAAUGUGGAAUGGUCUUUCAGAGGCGAUAUGCCUUCAUAAUGCACACACUAAAACAUGAGAGAGCUAGAGAUUACAAAUGUCCGUUGUGUAAGAAACAGUUUCAGUACAGUGCUUCACUGCGGGCACACCUGAUUCGACACACCAGAAAAGAUGCACCCACAUCAUCCUCGUCCAAUUCCACGUCGAAUGAGGCAUCCGGAACAUCGUCUGAGAAGGGCAGAACCAAACGUGAAUUCAUAUGUUCCAUAUGUGGAAGGACAUUGCCUAAGUUGUAUUCCCUCCGAAUCCAUAUGUUGAAGCACACAGGUGUAAAGCCACAUGCAUGCCAGGUCUGUGGAAAGACUUUUAUCUAUAAACAUGGUCUAAAAUUACAUCAGAGUCUCCAUCAAUCACAAAAGCAGUUCCAGUGUGAACUAUGUGUUAAGUCAUUUGUUACCAAACGGAGCCUUCAAGAACAUAUGAGUAUUCACACAGGAGAGUCAAAGUACUUUUGCUCAGUUUGUGGAAAGUCUUUUCACAGGGGCUCUGGACUCAGCAAACAUUUAAAGAAACACCAGCCAAAGCCUGAGGUUCGAGGCUAUCACUGUACUCAAUGUGAAAAGAGCUUCUUUGAAGCUAGAGAUCUUCGCCAACACAUGAACAAACAUCUUGGUGUGAAGCCAUUCCAGUGCCAAUUUUGUGAUAAGUGCUAUAGUUGGAAGAAAGACUGGUAUUCCCAUGUGAAGUCUCAUUCUGUCACUGAGCCUUACAGGUGUAAUAUAUGUGGCAAAGAAUUUUAUGAAAAAGCUUUGUUCAGAAGGCAUGUAAAGAAAGCCACCCAUGGGAAGAAAGGAAGAGCAAAGCAAAACCUCGAACGAGUGUGUGAACAAUGUGGAAGAAAAUUCACUCAGCUGAGAGAGUAUAGGAGACAUAUGAACAACCAUGAAGGAGUGAAGCCAUUUGAGUGUUUAACAUGUGGAGUAGCUUGGGCUGAUGCCCGAUCUCUAAAACGCCACGUUCGAACACAUACGGGAGAACGGCCCUAUGUCUGUCCUGUGUGUAGUCAAGCCUACAUAGAUGCACGAACACUACGUAAGCAUAUGACUAAAUUCCAUACAGACUAUGUGCCUUGCAAAAUUAUGCUGGAAAAAGAUACCCUUCAGUUUCAUAACCAAGGAACUCAAGUGGAACAUGCUGUUAGCAUCUUAACUGCAGACAUGCAGGAACAAGAAAAUAGUGGUCCUCAAGAACUUGAGACUGUGGUGGUAACAGGAGAAACUAUGGAAGUUCUUGAAGCGGUUGCAGCUACUGAAGAGUGUCCAUCAGUAUCUACACUUUCUGACCAAAGUAUUAUGCAAGUGGUUAAUUAUGUGUUGGCACAACAGCAAGGACAGAAGCUAUCUGAAGUUGCAGAAGCUAUUCAAACUGUUGAAGUAGAAGUGGCACAUAUUUCAGAAGCAGAAUGAAUAUAGUAAUGAUAAAAAGAAAAUCUCAUGUACACUGAACUCACAGAACAUUUGUUUACAAUUCAUUUUGACUGUCUCUUUAGAGUUUUUAUGUCAAAGCUCUGGACUAUCAGUGAUUUUUCUAAACUGUGUACCAGUGAGUUCUGUAGGAAAGUCUAUUUACUGGAAAGAAAUUAAAAACAAAUCUAUUUGAUGGCAGUGGUUCAUCAUGGUAUACCUUUUAUGAAUUUGGGUUUAUAAAUGGCUAUACUAAGUCUGAAGCUGUACAGUUUCACUUGUAUUUUGACAUUAUUAUAUAUUUUGAGUUUAAAAAGCUGAACCAGUUGAACGCUUUUCUUCUGUUUUAUUCUCAAACUGUAAAGGUUCUGUGAUUUCAGUUGCCCUCUUCAUAAAAUUCUAAUAUAAACCACUUCAGUAGGAUUCAUAGGUAUACUAUAGUUUUUGAUGCUUUAGAUCUGGUGAUUCUUGGCUAUUUAUUUUAAUUCCUUCUAAGUCAGGGAUUCUUUAUUCUAUUUUAAAGCACUUAAUGAGUUACAUGUUGUAAUCAAGUUUGCACAAUGUAUUUAUCUAUAUGGGAAACUCGUAAAUGAAUAGCUAAUUUUUAAAUGCCAUUAAAAUGCAUGAAAUGCCUAUUAAAGCCUUACGAUACUAUCUCUUCAAGGCAAGUAAUUGACCAUGAGAAAAGAGUACUGUUAUAAAAUUGUUAGGAAAUAAAAAUCUUAAUUUUUUUUGCAGAAAAAUGAACAAGUUAGGUUUGGUAUGUUUUCAGUUCAUAUCAUGUUUAAUUUUGUUGAACAACUGCAGUUGAGAAAUAGGGUAGCAAUAUAGAUAUCUACAGCAGUCCUGUGGAUACUAUAAAAUUAUCAGGUAAUUUCAGAAUUUUGAAAAUUCUUAAAAUGUAGCCCUCAUGAUACUAAAUUAAUUAUGGUUCUACCAAAUUUUUGAAAAUAUUUUGAAAAGUUACCUGAAAACUAAAUUAUAUUAAUUCAUGUGUUUGAUUUUUAAAUUCUCACCUCUUCAAGCUAUCCAAUUUUCUGAUUUUCAGAAUAGGCAUGGGGAGAUGCCAAUGUCUCUCUAGGGAACUAUUUAAACUAUAAUUUUUUAAAUUAAGUUUUUAGGUGUUAUAAGAUAUAAAAUUAAGAUUUAAGCAGAUCAUAUGUAAGUCAUUCCUGAAGCACAAGAGAAGAAUGUGCCUUGAUGUACAUAUAUUAUUCCUGUUUACUUUAAAAAUGGCUUUAAUAAAGAAUAAAGAAUAAAUGUGAUAGCUGUGCAUGCAUUAUACUUGCAUACUUAUAAUAUUUGCAUUUGCAAAUUUUCUAUUGUUUUCAUAGCUGUGACUGACUUUCAGUUUUAAGAAGUGAAUCAACAUACAGCCCAUAACUUUAAAUGGCUGCUUGUUGUAUCUUUCAGUUAAUGAAAAAAUAUUACAACCCAAAAUUUGAAAUUGUCUUUCAUGUUCCAUUUUCACCAUUGUUAUUAGAUUUAGUUAAAUGUAUAAGAACAUUAAUGUAUGUCAUAAAUGUGUAAAUAAACGAUGUUGAAUCUUGUUUAAAAGCAUA